AAUCAUGUCAAACUCAAAUGUCAAUAGGGAAAUAGGGAACGUGUUUACAAAUAGAAAUACAAAGUAAAAACCGAAAUUGCUAUGAUAAAACAAUAAAAACAAGAGUUGAUAUUGAAUUUAAACUGUAUAACACAUUUUAUAUUGUUCGCUAAAUAAGUGUGGCUGUAAAUUACUGAUUAACAUAGUGUAAACGUUCUGCCAAGUAUAAACUUCAAUACGAGUAUUUUAAUUCAAAAAUGGGCGAUAAGUCAAAUGUGAAUGGUGUAGGCGAAGACCCACUCCAGAGAUUAGCGUCGCUAAAACCACCUAGAGAUUUGUCGCUAGGUGGUAUGAAACCCAACAAAAAAAUAUUCACUCCGAACUUGAACGUCGCUCGAAAUAAAAACAAAGGGCCCUCCACAACUAACUCUCGAGAUGAGAAAAAGAAUGACAGGAAUAGAAGAGACAGAAAAAAUGAUAAAAAUAGGAACAACAAAAAUGGUCCUAAAAUCAUUAAAUCUAGUGGAGUUUUCUCAGAAGGUCUGGCCAAUGCAGAAAGACAUUCAAGCAGAGUUUCAUACGGCAGAGAGACUGAUGUCACAGCUACACUUCAAAAACCAACUAUAAGAGUAAAGGAUGUUGUUAAGAUUGACAAGGAGCUAGAGGAGGAGAAGAUCAGAGCAGCAUUUGGCGAUGGCGCCUCGUAUGAAGGUGACAGUGAGGACUUCAGGAAUGUUUUGGACGUUGAGACUCCUGUCAAACUGCCCAUGGACGAUGGAGGGUUGUCGUACAUAAAAUCGGGCGUCAAGAUUAAACAGGAGGUGGUCGUGAAACAGGAGCCCACAGACGACGGUGACAUUCCAAUCGUGGAGCAAAAGCCGCCGUUGCUGGAUAUGAAGGAAUCGUUCGAAGAGAACAAUGUGGCUGACUUGUUGCGUAGCGAUAAACCAGCUCUUAUACUAUUGCAGCUAGCGGACACGCUGCCGGGGCGUGGCGGAGGGCGGGAGGAGGGCGCGCGCCGCAAAGACCAGCCAGCGCCCUCCUCCUCCACCGAGGAGGAGGAUAAGAACGUGGAUAACAGAUGUCAACUGUCAGACUUGGAAGAGGGCAAGAUUGGCAAGCUACGCGUCCACCGCUCGGGGCGCGUCACUCUCUGUCUAGGAGACACCAUUUUCGAGGUGUGUUCUGGCACCAAAGCGUCGUUCCACCAGGAGGUGGUAUCUGUAGCCACAGAUGAGGCGUCCCGGUCAGCCUGCCUGGUGUCCCUGGGCGCUCUGCAGCACAAGCUCAAUAUCUCGCCCCAUUGGCCUGACAUUUUCCGAGACCUGACCAUAUGAGGCUCUGAGCCGCUGAGGAAAUGAUGGGCAGGGGAUGAGGAGAAACGUACAGAUUUAACUGAAAAAGUAUCCCCGCAUUUUUUACUCUAUACCUCUCAUAAUAAAAGGACGCACAAUGUAGAAAAUUUCACUUAAAAACAGGCCAAUUUUGCUUUGCCAGUUUUAGAAUUAUUGGUAAAGAAAAUUAUACCUAAACGCCUUUAAAUAUAGUCAAUUCAAUAAUAUCCCAAAUUCAGAGCAAAUUCGACCUUAAGGAUUGAGUUUAAGGUUGAAUUUGCAAAUGCGAGUACUUGAAUUGAGUGCCAAGAAGUUUUGUUUGUGCACUCGUUGAGUGGGGAUGUUUUGUGGUCGAUGAUUGUGCAUCCACUUUUUAAUAGGAGAUCGAUGAUGCCACUACAUUUCGUUUCAUGUAGUAUGGUGUGGGUGAUAGUUCGUUGCACUCUUGAAAGUUUGCUGCGAUUCACGAUAAUAGCACGUAUUAUGAACGUCAUAUAGGCAACUGUCACUGUACCCAUGCUAUCUGAAAUACACUAACAUUAUAGACGCGAAAGGUUGUAUGGAUGUUUGUUAUUCUUUCACGUAGAAACUACUGAAUGGAUUUGAAAUUGGAAUGGAAAUAGCUUAGGAAAUAUAUAGGAAAAUUAUACCCUUUACGCCUAUCAAGCGACCAAGGCAACGAAUUAUUAUUAUUUAUAGAGAAAUAGACAAAAUGUCGACCAAUAGUGACAGAGUAGUCCCAAUACCAAUACAUUUGCCUAUAUUACAGAAAAAUUAUAGAAGCGCUAUGAAUUUUUAAUGAAUUAUGCUACUUUCAUACAAAAUGUUUCUCCUUCCCUCCACCCUAUUAGAGAUGAAAAUAGUUCUUUGUAAAAUAAUAACAGUUAUUAUAGUUUGUAACCAGUGCCCUAAUGUUAAGUAAAUAAACUUAUAAACACUA